UUUUCGUAUACUUCGUCAUCGUCAACAACAUUUCACAUUUCAUUCAGAAUCCUACUGUCAGAAGUUGAAGCAGCACGGCCGCGUCAUUAUACACUGGGGCAAUGGAUUCUUUCGUGUGCAAAAUCGUCGUCAUCCGUACCGAUGACAGGAAAAUUCUGAAAUCCAAAAACAUCGAAAACAACUUUCUCAGACCGACGAGGGCCGUCGGAAUCAAAAAGUGUCUCUUCGGCGUCGCCAGCAUCGAGGAUACGGAGAAAAUGUUGCAAGAGCAGUACGAUAUCGACAGAAGAAGGUUUAGCGAACGAUUUGGAAUAGAUUUGAAAAAGAUCGAAGAAAGCGAGAGGGAGAGUAAUAGCGAAAAUAUAGUUAGUAAUAAUGGUAGUAGUCAAAUUAGGAAGAAUUAUGUGAUGGGUAGGAAGAUUAUUAAGAGAAAAAGGGAUGUGUUUAAACAACAGAAUAUCCAAACUGUGAUGACAGAUUUCUACCAGGCCAGGAAAACUAUGCAAUCUACGGAAAAACCGUCAAAAAACACCAAAGAAAAUUAA